AUGCUUGAGACUUCGUCUGAGACGUCUGAAGAAAGCCUGGGCGCCAAGGAAGCGGAGCCGAAGAACCCGAAGCAGAAGACACCGAAGCGCCGCCGCCGCCGCUGCAGCCGCCGCCGCCGCUCUGACGGCUUCGACAGCUUUGCCGCCUAUUUCCGAAGGGUGCUGAAGCGGGUCCAGGAGGGCCUGAGCCUCUCGCAGGAGGCCGUGAACGUCAUGGAUUCGUUCGUUAAGGACAUCUUUGAGCGAAUCGCCGACGAGGCGGCGCGCCUGGUCUGCUCCAGCAAGCGCUCCACCCUCAGCUCCAGAGACAUCCAGACCUCCGUGCGCCUGCUGCUGCCUGGGGAGAUGGGCAAGCACGCCGUGUCCAACGCCACCAAGGCCGUCAUCAGAUACACCACCGGCAAAUGA